GGCUGCCUCUAGUCCUCCACACAGCACACUACCAUGAUCAGAUGGGCUGCUGGAGGGAGUAAGGCUGCCUCUGCCUCGUCCUGCUCCAGGGCUGGGUUAGGGGCUUGUUCUAGUUCUGGGCCCAGGUCCAGACGAAGGUCAUCAACACUGCUUCCCUCCCUGACUUUGCCUCUCCUGGUCGCCCUGCUGGUUUUCUCGGUCUCACUACCCGGGGCGGCUUGCCAUCAGCUCCGCAGAGACAGACUGAGGCUCGCCAACCCACGAACUCUCAGGGCUCCACUGAACACUUCUGAGACCGAGCUCGUCUCUAGGCCCAGGGCCACCGGGGGCCCCCUGGGUCGGACUGCAGGGGGACCGCAGGGUAGGCAUGUGCGCAGCUACAAUCAUCUCCAGGGGGACAUACGGAGGAGGAAGCUGUUCUCUUUCCAGAAGUUUUUCCUAAGGAUCGAUAGGAAUGGAAAGGUCAAUGGAACCAAGAGCAAGGAUGACCCCCUCAGUAUUCUGGAAAUCACAUCGGUGGACGUGGGAGUGGUCGCCAUCAAAGGGCUGAACAGCAACUUCUAUCUGGCCAUCAGCAGGAAGGGAGAGCUGUACGGAGCGAGAGAGUUUGGUGUCGACUGCACCCUGAAGGAGCGCAUCGAGGAGAACGGCUACAACACGUACGCGUCAGCGGAGUGGAAGAACAAGAAGCGGCAGAUGUUUGUGGGUCUGAACGUCCACGGGAAGCCGCUGAGAGGGAAGAAAACCCGCAGGAAGAACACAGCCACCCACUUCCUUCCAAUUGUGGUGUGAACUGGAGAGCUUGGACUGGAGAGGGAGGACACGCAGCACUGGACAGAGAGGUUUUCAAUACUGAAAGAAAAAAAAAAAAAGCUGUAAAACAAAGACAUUCACUGAGAAAUCUCUCAAUUGGAAACAAGGCACUAACACUGUUACACAACAAAAAAAAAUAUGGUCACUGCUCCUGAUUCUGACUGAGAUCAUGUACUUUAUUUGGUGGGAGGAAGGUGAUAUCUGUGUUUUCCGUGGCACGGGAUGCAAUAUUUAUCCGUUGUUGUUUUUGUUUUGUUUUUUUCUGUGCCAAACAGUUUGCAACUAGAGUAUGUGUGUAAUGUGGACGACACAGAAGAUACUGUCCUAGCUAGAUGCAGAAAUAUCUCGAGACGUUAUUUAUAAUCCGUAUUCUCCUGAGAGGCACCAGAUAAUCUGCAAGAGAAAGGGGUGAGGGAUAGGAAAUUGGAAAAAAAGGAUGAGGGAAAUGAUCGGUCGGUUUAUCACAAACGCAUUCAUUAAUAGAAGACACAACACAUUUAAAGCAAAUGUUUGAUACUUAACCACUGUGUUUUGACUGUAUUGUAAUGAUUUAUUUAUUUUGUGAAAUAUUUAACUGGAGGGGAACACUUACAAGGCAAGCAUUCCUUUGCAUUCUUUGCUUUUUAUAGGAACUCUAUUAUGUGAAAAAAUAAAAUACCAUUUCCUC